AUGGAGAUGACCAAGCCAUACAGCAGCGAGACUGCUGCGAUCAUUGACAGUGAAGUAAGAGAAUGGGUAGCUAAGGCAUAUGACCGCACUUUACAGCUAAUUGAGGAACAUAAAGAGCAUGUAGCACAAAUUGCUGAAUUGUUACUGGAGAAGGAGGUCUUACAUCAAGAAGACUUGGUCCCAGUACUCGGUGAUCGUCCCUUUAAGAGUAGUGAACCUACAAACUAUGAUAGGUUCAAGGAAGGGUUUUUAGAAGAUACAGAAACUAAAGAUACUCCUAAUAGCAAGCCUGUACAGGAUGAGGGAUCACCACCACUGGAUCCAGAUAUUGUUCCAGCAUAA